CUUACUCUCUAUAAUUCUUCAAGUGUUAUCCUUGUGUCUCACGUCAAUCUUUUUCUCACCUUUUCAAAUACCCCAUCUCUCUCUCAUUGGCACGCGCGCACAAUUUGAGAGAGAUAGACUAGUAGUGCAUCUCUCUCCCUCUCCCUGUACUUCCCCCAUAAAUAUCAACCAUACAUGCACACUAAAACCACCAUCACUCCCAUAUAUAUAUACUGCGCCUGCCAAACACUUGUAUACAAUUUCUUCUCAUCUAUUUCCUCCUCCUCGUCAAGUUUAGGAAGUGCAAAACAUGGGAGAUAAUAACAAGAAUAAUGUGAGGUUACCUCCUGGUUUUCGAUUCAAUCCGACUGACCAAGAACUCAUUCUUCAUUUCCUUCAUCGUAAGGCUUCGUUAUUACCUUGCGUACCAGAUGUCAUCCCUGAUUUGGAUCUCUACCCAUAUGAUCCUUGGGAUCUUAACGGUAAGGCUUUGGCAGGAGAUUACAACCAAUGGUAUUUCUUUAGUAGAAGGACAUCGAAUCGAAUAUCAGCCAGUGGGUAUUGGAUGGCGCUGGAUGAUAAUCUAGUUGACGAACCCAUUUUAUUGCCAAAUAAUCAUAAGAAGACUAAAGUGGCGGGUUUGAAGAGAUGUCUUGGUUUCUACUUGGCUCACGGCCUCAAAACCAAUUGGAUCAUGCAUGAAUAUCGAUUAACGGAUUCUCGUGGCCGUGGCAGUAGUUCAUCGUCCAGUAGUAUUAGUAGCAGAUCUUCUAAACAAAGAAGACCAACUGAUUCAAGUAAGUGGGUUGUCUGCCGAGUAUUCGAGCAAGGUGGAGGCUCAGAGGGGAGCUAUAAUGGUGACGAUGACGAAGGGAUAACGCUUUCAGGAAUGGAUGAAGUUUUCUUGUCAUUAGAUGAUCUUGAUGAUAUAAGUCUGCCAUAUCAAUGAUUAUGGAAAUGGAAGUUUGAUAUUUUGAGGUCCUAACUUAGACCAUGGGUCCUAGCUGCUUGCUGGUUCAAUCACAAUAUUUGAAUGUAUAAGAAGUGAAAUUGACAUAAUAUAUAGUAAUGAUUCAAAUGCUAAUCUUAGGCCCCUAGGCAGAUAAUGUGAGGGCUAAAACAAGUCUUAUAAUACCUAAUGUUUUCGUGACAAGUGAUACUCUAUCGACCAAAAUUAAUGAUUACAACGUUGAUGUA